AACCCUGGAAUGGCUACCUGCCAGAAGAUAUAUUAAGCACUGGAUGAAGCAAAUCUGCACCUACACUUGAGGGCCAGUCUCGGAUUCACGUGUCACAUUAUCAUCCAGGAGACAUGACUGUUGGCUUAUUUUCAGAAUGGAGAUGAAAGUUUCUUCUCACCUCAGGGCAAAUGUAUCAUUAUGCAUCUAAUUCAGUCACUGUACUCUAUUGCUCCUCUGUUCUGAGAAUGCAAGAGAAAAAAAGAGGCUUUUGAAGACCACCCCUGCCAGCAGACUCUCAUGUUUCAGCACCUCUGAAGAACUCAGCUUUACAAACAUGAUCCCACCAAAAGCUGGAGAGGGUUUGAACAUGGGCAUCCAGGCACACACUGUGACCAAGGUAGACAUCCCCGACUACGUUCUUUACACCGUAGGCUCCUGUGUGCUCAUUAUUGGCUCCAUUGGCAUCAUUGGAAACCUCCUGGUUCUCUACGCAUUUUGCAGCAACAAGAAGCUGAGGACACCCCAGAACUUCUUUAUUAUGAAUUUGGCUGUGAGCGACUUCCUGAUGUCGGCUUCUCAGGCACCCAUGUGCUUUGUCAACAGCCUGCACAAAGAGUGGAUACUUGGAAAUAUAGGCUGCAACUUGUAUGCUUUCUGCGGUGCACUCUUUGGAAUAACCUCGAUGAUGACUUUGCUGGCGAUUUCUAUCGACCGGUACCUUGUGAUAACCAAGCCCCUGCAAUCCCUGCGGUGGACUUCGAAGAAGCACACCCUGCAGGUCAUCGCCAUCGUGUGGCUGUACUCGCUGGCAUGGAGCGUGGCUCCUCUCCUUGGGUGGAGUUCCUAUGUGCCUGAGGGCUUGAUGAUAUCCUGUACGUGGGACUAUGUAACCUACUCCCCUUCAAACAGAAGUUACACCAUGAUUUUAUGUUGCUGUGUGUUUUUUAUUCCCCUGAUAAUAAUAUUCCACUGCUAUUUAUUUAUGUUCCUGGCCAUACGACGUGCUGGCAGAGAUGUUCAAAAGCUGGGAUCCUGCAGCCGGAAAUCCUGCCUCUCUCAGUCCAUAAGGAAUGAAUGGAAGCUGGCAAAAAUUGCUUUUGUGGUCAUCAUUGUCUUUGUCUUGUCCUGGUCUCCAUAUGCUUGUGUCACCUUGAUUGCCUGGGCAGGUCGGGGCAGCACCCUAACACCAUACUCCAAAUCUGUGCCAGCAAUUAUUGCCAAAGCUUCUGCAAUCUACAAUCCCAUCAUAUAUGCCAUAAUUCACCCAAGAUACAGAAAAACCAUCCACAAUUCUGUUCCCUGCUUGAGGUUCCUGAUACGAAUAUCAAAGAAUGAUGUCCUGAGAAGCUCCAUAAAUGAAUCAUCAUUCAGGACCUCACUCUCCAGCCAUCAGUCCCUUGCUGGCAGGACCAAAGGCACUUGUGUUUCAUCAAUUUCCACUGGAGAAGCUACCUGGAGUGAUGUAGAGCUUGACCCUGUAGAGCCAGCCCACAAGAAACUGCAACCUCACCGAAGUCAUUCCUUCUCUACAAGUCUGAGACAGGAGAAGAGAGAUCUGCUGCCAAAAACCUGCAGCUGUGAUGCUGCACCUGCAAAAAAGGUUUCACUCUCGUCCAGCUGUUUGGGAAAGGUGCUGGGGUGGCCAGUCCUACACAGCCCCCCUGCAAUCCUUGUGGCCAGCUCGCUACGAGCAGCUUCUCUGCCUGUUGGUUUGAACAGCAGCAGUGUCAGCACAGGAGGAGGAGGAGACUCAGGUAUUCCACAGAUGGCAACUCAUGAAAGUCAAAUUAAAGGAGUCCUGGGCUCUGUCAUUCCUAACGCACUCCCGCGCAUUGUCAUCAUUCCUACCUCAGAGUCCAACCUAUUUCAAGAGGAACUGGAAGAAGAAGAGACUGAAUUAUUCCCCUUUCAUGACAAAAAGGGUAAUUUGCUGGACUUGGAAGGGCUGAGCUCAUCCAGGGAGUUCCUUGAAGCCGUUGAGAAAUUUCUAUCAUAA